AUGUUCCAAAUCAUAGUUCUUAUUUUAAUCAUUUCGUUACCAAAUAUUAAUUCAAAAUGCAUUUGGUAUGAAGGUAUACGUGAUAGUUAUAAUGAAGUGUAUCUCAACGGUCAACCAAAACCGUUGCCGUUGAACGAUACGAAUCUCCUCAAUGAAAUGUGUCCUCAUAUUGCCACACAAAAUGGUGCUGCACCGAAUCUGUGUUGUGACGGCAAACAGUUGACCGAAAUGCGAAAGUUCAAAUACAUGUUGGACAACCUCAUCGGUCGUUGUCCAUCAUGUUAUUACAACUUCUUACGAAUUUUAUGUGAAAUGGCUUGUAGUCCUGAUCAGGAUCAAUUUUUAUGGCCUUUGGAAACAAUCAACAUCACUCGCCCGAGCCAUAAUGGUCAACAAGCGAGUGAGGAGCAGGCAAGCAGAGCAGAUUGGGCAUUGCCAGAUUAUGAAGAUCCCGAAGAGGAAGAAGAAGAGACAAAGGCUGUCGCAAAAGUUCCACCGAAACCUAUUGAAACUGUGAAUGUUGUUAGUAAAUUACGAUACUUCCUAUCGGAAAAACAAGCUCAAGAAUUCAUUGAUUCGUGCUGGAGUGUUCGAAUCAAUUUUCAAUAUGCGAUUGAUAUUCUUUGUGGUUCAUUAAAUCGCGCUUGCGACGUGAAAAAACUCUUUCAGUACAUCGGUUUAAAAAACACGCAAUCGCCGAUUAAAAUCGAAUUUGUUUUCAUUAAUGAUACUUAUCAUGAUCGUGAACUCCAACGAACAUUUCGCCCAUCGCAAGCAACCAUGUUCGCGUGUGAUCAAGCAGUUAUUCUACCACAUGUUUCAAGACAAAAGUGUACCUGCAUGGAUUGCAAUGCGAUGUGCCCAAGGGUGUCGAACCACACUAAAACAAAAUCGAUGAUUACAUCGAAAAGUACGCUCAUCGAACGAAUGAAAGCCAAAUUGGGAGAAUUUCAUCGAAUAACCAUCGCUGCCAUCGUUCUCUACUUUCUUUUUGUAAUUAUUUUUACUAUUGCAAACGUCCUUAUGUGCGUAUGGAACGUGAAACUCAACCGAAAGGGAAAUUCCCGUUCGAGCUUUCGAAAUCGUAAAUCCAAUGAAAGCAAUGAUGAUGUGAAGAAAUUUUCUGAUCAUCAACAUGUGCCAAUUCCAACAAAAGAUGAAGAUGAAGAUGAAUCUGAAGCAUCAUUUACUGACGAUGAUAAUAACGGUUUAUUAGAUCGAUUAGGUGUGAAAAUCGAUGAUCGUCUCCAUGCGACAUUUACAGCAAUUGGCCGAUUCUGUGCUUACAAUCCAUUUUAUACAAUUGUACCUGUUUUAGCGAUACUUUUCGUUAUGUGUUACGGUAGCCGAUAUUACACAGUCACAACAGAUCCAGUUGAUCUUUGGGUAGCACCAAAUUCUCGUGCACGCCAAGAGAAAGCCUACUUCGAUGAGAAAUUUGGACCUUUCUAUCGUAUAGCUCAUUUGAUUCUCGUUCCGAAAAUCAAAGAUAACAUUGUUCUUCGUUAUAAAACUCCAUUAGAAGCAGAAGAAAAGCAUACCUUCGGACCGGUAUUCGAACGGAAUUUUCUUCUCGAUGCCUUACGUCUACAAUUAGCCGUGGAGAACUUGAACGUAACAGCUCGUUCUGGUCAAAUCAUCUCAUUGAACAAGACUUGUUACAAACCACUCGAGCCCGAUAAUAAUCAUUGCGCGAUCUUUUCUCUUUUUCAAUAUCAUCAGAAUAAUCUCACCUUUCUUCUCAACGAAUCUUUAUACUCAUCUCAAUAUCUCGAAUGUAUGCAAUCGCCGAUCACACAAGAGACCAAAUCAUUUCAACGAACAUGUAUGGCACAAUUUGGUGGGCCCGUCGAUCCCUACAUGGUUCUUGGCGCAUUUCCCACACAUGAUAAUGUUCCCGAUUACACCAAAGCACAAGCAUUAGUAAUUACGAUAACGAUCAACAACAAACGACAAGGUGAACAACUAGAAAAUGCUCUUUUAUGGGAAAAACAAUUUCUUGAAUUUAUGAAAACAUACCGUUCGGAAUAUUUCGAUGUUAGUUAUCGUGCUGAACGAUCCAUCGAAGAUGAAAUCGAACGUGAAUCGAACUCUGAUAUAAAAACUGUGGUGAUUUCGUACUUGAUCAUGUUUUUAUACAUUGCUGUUGCAUUAGGACGAAUCCGAAACUUUCGACACAUUCUAGUCGAUAUGAAAGUGUCGUUGGGCAUCGCUGGUGUUGUUCUGGUAGCAUUGAGUGUUUGGGCUAGUGUGGGCAUAUUUUCUUAUGUACAAAUACCAACAACAUUGAUUAUUUUUGAAGUUAUACCAUUUUUGGUCUUAGCUGUUGGUGUUGAUAAUAUUUUUAUUUUAACGCAAAGCAUUCAACGUGAUCAUCGAUUACCUGAUGAAGAUAUUGAAUGUCAAAUUGGUCGAAUCGUUGGUCGUGUUGGUCCAGCUAUGUUGCUAACAUCGGUUUCAGAAAGUAUCGCAUUCUUUCUCGGAGCAUUGACGCCCAUGCCUGCCGUUCGAUUAUUCAGUUUAUACGCUGGAAUGUCGGUUUUAAUCGAUUUUCUUCUUCAAAUCACCGUUUUUAUUUCCUUAAUAACUCUGGAUCAAAAACGUACUCAAAACAAACAUUUCGAUGUCUUCUGCUGUUUCAAAUCAUCCAAAGCUCACCCACCAACAGAAGUCCAAGCCAACGAAGAACUAACUCCUGAACCAGAGGGGAUCUUAUUUCGUGUAUUUAAACGUUAUUAUGCUCCAUUUAUAAUGAGCGACUAUGUUCGUCCAUUUGUUAUCUUUGUAUUUUUUACCUGGCUUGCGUCAAGUAUCGCUUUGAUACCCUAUGUGAAAAUCGGUUUGGAACAAAACAUAGCUAUGCCAAAAGAUUCGUACAUGAACGAUUACUUUACAUCAUUAAAACAAUAUUUCGCUGUUGGACCUCCCGUCUAUUUCGUCAUUAAACCCGGAAUCAAUUAUGCUCGAUUGAAUGCCAGUAAUAUGAUCUGCUCGAGUGCUGGCUGUUCGUCGCAAUCGAUCGCGAAUCAACUAGGUAUUGCUUCACUCUCUCCAAGCGAAACACGUAUCGCACAAAUCGGUACAACGUGGUUAGACGAUUAUUAUGAUUGGCUACGUCAUCGAGGUUCAACGCCAUGCUGUCGUCUGUACGACGAAACGAAUGGAUUUUGUUCAACAAAAGCACCUUCCCAUGCUCAAUGUCACGUGUGCACACAUGGUACCACACGAGAAGAGUUGAACGAACAGGAAUUCAAAGAGUUCCUACCAUUUUUCUUGAAAGAUAAUCCGAACUUAAAAUGUGCCAAAGGUGGACAUGCUGCACAUGGUAGUAGUGUAAAAUUAUUUGAAGGUAAUCAAUCAGUUGAGACAAGUCUUAUCAUGGGUUAUCACAGUCUCCUGAUUAACUCGAAUGAUUUUAUUGAUGCUAUGCAACAAGCAUACAGUUUAACAGAUAAUAUUACAAAAACAAUGAAAAACGAAGGUUAUGAUCUGGAAAUCUUUCCCUACAGUAUAUUUUAUGUGUUUUACGAACAAUAUCUAACCAUUUGGCAUGAUGCUUUUAUGAAUCUAGCGAUAUCCGCAACAGCAAUUUUCAUUGUGACAUUCAUUCUACUUGGAUUGGAUAUUAUUUCAGCAUUUAUUAUUACGUUAACCAUCACUAUGAUCACUUGUGACAUGCUCGGUAUGAUGUAUUUAUGGAAUAUUGAAUUAAAUGCCGUUUCACUCGUUAAUCUCGUCAUGUCUGUUGGUAUUUCCCUUGAAUUUUGUGCGCAUAUAUGUCGAGAUUUCGUUCUCUCAUGUCAACGCUCACGACUGAAACGUGCUGAACACGCUCUUGCUGAUAUGGGCAGUUCGGUAUUCAGUGGAAUAACUUUAACGAAAAUCGGUGGUAUUGUCGUUCUUGGCUUUUCACAUUCUCAAUUGUUUCAUAUAUUCUACUUUCGAAUGUUUAUUUGUAUUGUUUCCUUUGGUGCCGCGCAUGGUUUAAUUUUUCUACCUGUUUUACUUAGUUACAUCGGUCCUCGUCCAAACCGGGCACGGCGAUCAAGAGCAGAAUCAAUUCAAUUGCAAAAGCAAUUGUCCCUAAAUGCAACUGCAUAG